AUGAGUAUCGAAAAGUCCACAACAGAACUACCAGCAUAUGCUGGUUCUGAAGGUUCGCUUUCCCUGAAACCAGAACUUUCAAAACAAGAACAAGUCGAUGCUUUGGCCAAAGAGUAUGGUAUCAAUCAGAGAAAGCUUAUGUGGAAGAUUGAUAUUUGGGUUGUUCCUCCAUUCUGUUUAUUGUACUUCCUUUCAUUCCUUGAUCGUGUUAACAUUGGUAAUGCUAAUCUUUAUGGAUUGUCGGAAGAUUUGAAUUUAGUUGGAAACCAAUAUAAUAUUGCUUUACUUGUAUUCUUUGUUCCGUAUAUUAUCUUUGAAGUCGCUGCAAACUAUCUCAUGAAGAUUAUCACGCCACAUCUUUUAUUAUCCGUAGUUGUUAUGGCUUUCGGCAUACUCUCAAUAGCGAUUGGUUUCGUUAAGAACUUUGGUGCAUUGGUUGCUUGUAGGUUCUUGAUUGGUGUUACCGAGGCUGCUACCUUUCCAGCCAUCUUUUAUUUAAUGUCUACCUACUACUCCAAAGCUGAAGCACAAAGAAGGUUUUCAGCCUUUUUUUCUUGUACUUCCUUAGCUGGGGCUGCCUCGGGAGCGAUUGCAUAUAGAAUCGCUGAUAUGCACGGUGCCCAUGGGAUCGCAAGUUGGAGAUGGAUUUUUAUAAUUGAAGGUGCAGUAACCUGUGGAUGUUCAAUUCUCUUAUUCUUCCUUAUGGCUGAUUUCCCUGAAGAAGCUAGAUUUUUGAAUGAAAAGGAACGCUUAUUUAUCAAGACUAAAUUAGAGCUUAUGUCAGGUAGUGCUUCUGCUUUCGAAGUUAAAAACAGUAUUAGAGACGUUGCCAAAUGCUUCAAAGAUUUAUUGGUCUGGUUACCUGCUUUAGCAUACUUCGGAUUAAUUAUCCCAGCCUAUGGUUAUGCAUAUUUCUCACCAGCUAUUGUGAAGGAAAUGGGUUACACAGCAGUCAGCGCCCAACUUCAUACUGUAUAUCCAUAUCUUUGUUCUUUCGUGGUGAUCAAUCUUUCAGCCGUUAUGUCCGAUAAUACAGGAAGAAGGCUUCCAUAUGUCAUUGCAACUGGUAUAAUGUCUGCUGUGGGUCUAGCCAUGAUUUUGCUUGCAACCACUAAUCAAAAGGUUCGUUACGCCGGUUGCUUCCUUACAGCCAGUGGUUUACACAGUGCUAUGCCGUUAGCUGUUUGUUGGGGUGCAAUUAAUUUUGGCUCUCAUGUUCGUAAAUCAGUUGGUACUGCUUGGCAGAUAGGUUUUGGAAAUAUUGGGGGAAUCAUUGCUACCAUCAUUUUCGUCCAGACUGAUGCCCCUGUCUAUAAGAAAGGUUUGGGAGUUUCCAUUGGAGGAGUUGGAUUUUUCAUGAUUUCCUCAGUUGCUUAUUUCUUCCUUUGUUACAGGAGGAAUACGAUUAAGAAGACUGAGGCAUAUCAACAAGAAUUUGCAGCAUUGUCAGAGAUUGAACAAAUCAAUGCUGGUGAUAAGAGUCCUAAUUUCAAGUACUUAUACUAA